UCUUAACGGUUCAAUACGCAGUAGCGGCGGGAAUGCCACACCUCGGCGCUACCACGAUCUAGGCCUCACGGUUUGAUUAUCCCUUAUCGCCGCGAAACCCGCUGUGGGCGCUAAAUCUCCCGCUCUGACAGGUCUAACAAUGAUGUCGAGCGGUGUAGGAGACUUCCCCAUCGUCAACCUCAAGUCGUUAAACACACCUGCAUGCAGACCUGGUGAUCAUCAACUGCUCUAGAAACUGAGCCUAGAACUGUGCUGCGCUUUCUACGCGAGCGGCAGAACGUUCGGCGGUUAAGCGCUCGAUUAUUGAUCGAACUGACAUACUACAGGUGAUUAACAAUGUUGGAAUUCAGCACAGCUUUUAGUGCGUCACCUCCUGACCGCUCAGGUGUUCUCGCAAUCCUAUCAACAGACUACGCGCAUAAUGACACAACCACACGGAAGACUGCUACCCCUUACACUCGUGGAAUCGCAACAUUCAUACUCGUCAUCGCCAAAUGAAGGUCCCAGCAUACCACCUCCACCGUCCUACCGAGCAUCCAUUCGCGAGAAAGGCUCUCUCGAUUUUCCAGGGCGGAUCGAGCAGAAGUUAGCGCAAUACAAUGCGUCACAGAACAUAUUCAAACGUUGGCUAUUUGAGAUUAUUAGUGUGGGAACAAGCGCUAUCUGCAUGGGCGCGAUUAUUGGAUUACUAUAUUAUCUACAUGACCAAUCCUUCGACAAAUGGCCUCCAGGCUUGACCAUCAUCACAGUUCUUUCGAAGAUCGCAUCUGCAGCACUCAUCCUACCCAUAUCGGAGGCCAUCGGACAGCUAAAGUGGACAUGGUUCCACGGGAAGAACUCCAGAGAUCCUUUCGACUUCGAGAUCUUUGAUAAAGCAUCACGUGGCGCAUGGGGGUCAUUCAUGCUCUUGUGUCGUACUAAGGGCAAGUCACUUGCUGCUUUGGGUGCCCUAAUAACAGUUCUAUUACUUGCGAUUGACACUUUCUUCCAGCAAGUAACAGAUCUGUCAGAGCGCUGGAAACUGCAGGGCGAAAGCUACAUUCCACGUGUCGUCCGAUAUGAACCUAUUAUGGAGUUCCUCUACGACACGAGUUUCGACAACAACAAUCCAUCAUCGAUAGUGAACACCGAUCUUAAAACAGCGUUGACCCCCUUCUUUUACGACAAGAACGGCACUUCGCCUCUCAAGAUUGGGAACGCUACCCAGGCCCAGAUACCACUAGGAUGCCCUACGAGCAAUUGCGAAUGGCCGCCUUACGAGACUUUGGCGGUUUGUAGCGCUUGUGAGGACAUAUCGCACCUGCUCGAGUACGCUUGUCUCAACAUGGGAAUGGAUUGGAUCAAGAAUUCGACUGGCCCUAAAAGAAAGGAACCUUAUCCAAUAGGCACUGCUUGCGGCUACUUCCUAAACGCCACUGGUGAAGACCCCGUCCUCAUGUCAGGCUUCCGCGCUGAGAAUGGCACCGACUCGUUGCAUGGAGAGACCCUCCUCUUGCGAACACUACCGCUGGUUACGAACCCUUCCAGGCAUUCACUCUAUGGGGGGACCAUAAACUUCAAACACAUACAGUACCCUAUAUUGGACGCGCUGAUAGUCAGUUCUUUUGACGGUACUGCGGACAGCGUUUAUGCGAAGAAACCUCCAGUCGCCCAAGAGUGUAUGCUAUCAUGGUGCGUCGAAACGCUUCGCUCGUCUUAUGCGUCGGGAGACUAUACGGAGCAAGUGGUUGAUACCUUUAUGAAUACUACCAGCGCGGAAUGGCCAUGGUGGACUGAGGACUUCUACGAGCAACAGACGACCUUUACCGAGUUCCGAUCAAACAUCAGCAUACAUCCCCCAUCUCAAGACAACAGCGCCAUUCCUUUCGGUGUUUCGAACGACACAAUUCUGGACCUAGCUAUGAUUUUCGAUGAGAUCUUCCCUUCCUUCAUCACAGUCGCCAACGCGACAGCGCAACCCUUUGUGAAGAUCAGGACUGCCGCUAUCGACAGGGUCUAUUCCCGUCUUGUUCGCUUCAGCCCUUGGCUCGCCCCCAAUAAUGUCACCUUCCACAUGCAAAGAAUGGCCCGGACACUCACCAACGUAAUGCGGUCAGACAUGAAUUCUAAUGAACUUGUUAUUGGGGAUGCACGGGUGUUAGAAACGUAUGUCGCAGUUCAUUGGCCAUGGCUCAUCUUUCCUUUGAUCAUGUUGCUCUUAAGCAUUAUUUUUCUGGUUGCCACCAUGCUGAAGACUUCCAGCGUUGAUCACGGCGAGAUCGGUAUGUGGAAGACUUCUGCAAUGCCGACAUUGAUGUACGGUCUGCCACAAGACAUGCAGAAGGAUGUUCUCUCCUCCACAAGAUCUGGGGGAGGAUCAGAUAAAGGUCUUCGCAAAGUCCGUAUCAAGCUCUUACCAAAGCAAGGCUGGAGAGUAUCUGGGCACGUACAUUCUGCACCGAAGGCCCCUCCAGGUUUCAUAUAGCUAGUACACAAUGCUCAUGGUACAUACAUCCAUACGACGAACCCCUCCAAAUUGUCACUAAUAGCAAGGAUCUGUACUGGACUGAUGCCCGGACUGAGUUCGCUACAAACCGCUAGGAGACAUAUUCUAUGUCCGAUGCUGUAAUCAACGCUGUGCACGUGACUUUCUGAUCUUCAGGCGUAUCGAUACAGAGCAGAGGGAAACCGUCGAGGCAUGUAUUGGUAGGGUACAGCGCGAGUGUCAUAAGGGGAUAAUAGAAGUCGCAUCGCAUCGCAUAUACACUGUUAGAUCCUGAUAAUGAUGAGACAAGAACAUUG